CACCAGCAGCAGCAGCAGCAGGCGUUACAGCACUUCCCAUAAUGCACUCCCCGAUCAUCAGCGGGAAACCAAAAUGGCGAACGUGUUAGGGGAAAAUGAACCGUUUGUUAUUUUCUGAGAAACGACCGAGCCCCGCGAGCUUUCUCGACACACCUUUGAGAUAAAUCAAUCAAUCGAAGGAGCGGGAUUACAGGAGACAACCAUAUCCUCUAUUUUUUAUCGUGUGUGUCAUUUGUAGAAGCGGAGGUGACCGAAUGAGAGACUCAGGGGUCAUAGACCACUUGUCUGUUCAUCACAGAGGCCAUCCCCAGCGGCAGCAGCAGCAGGCCGUGUCACUGUCCCCCACCAGCCUCUCUGUGAGGGGAGAGUAUGGAGAGGACGGCAUGUCUGACAGGUUUACAGAAGGACAGGAUGUCUUGGCUCGGUGGUCAGACGGCUUGUUCUACCUGGGGACAAUCACAAAGAUAGAUCCGGACAAGCAGAGAUGCUUCGUUGUUUUUGAGGAUCGGUCAAAGUCUUGGGUUCUCUGGAAGGAUAUUCAGACUGGGGAUGAAGAUGAUGAAGACGACGAAGACGACGACAUUGUUUGCUCCAUAUGCCAGGACGAAACCUCAGAGGAACCCAACGAGAUAGUCAUUUGUGACAAAUGCGGACAAGGCUACCAUCAGCUGUGCCACACCCCCAUCAUCGAUGCCUCUGUCAUUGACUCAGACGACAAGUGGCUCUGCUCGGAGUGUGAGAUGACUUCUAUGUCUAAGAGGGGGAGCUCACACAGGAGGGGAGCGUCUGCUAAAGGCUACCUACAGCAUGGGCAGCAUCAGCAGCACAUGGGGCUUCACUUGUCCUUCCCCUAUGCUCUGGAGGACCUGGUGUGGGACGAGGGACACAAGACCAACGACCAGCAGUGCUACUGCUACUGUGGAGGUCCGGGAGACUGGUACUUGAAGAUGCUGCAGUGUGAAAGGUGUCAGCAGUGGUUCCAUGAGGCCUGUCUUCAUUGCUUGCAGAUGCCCAUGCUCUAUGGGGAUAGGUUUUAUCUGUUUGUGUGUUCUGUUUGUAACGGUGGACCAGAGUACCUCAGCCGACUGCCUCUCAACUGGGAUGAUGUCACACACUUGAGUCUGUACAACCUGAGUGUGAUCCAUAAGAAGAAGUACUUUGACUCUGAGAUGGAUCUGAUGACGUACAUCAAUGACAACUGGGAGCUGCUGCAGCUUGGGGAGCUCGCCAACACUCCUAGGUCUGAGCGAUAUGAAUGUGUUCUGGAGGCAUUAAACAACAACAGCAGCAUGUUCAUGUCAGGGAAGGAGGUAAAGAAGAAGAAGCACCUGUUUGGGCUGAGAAUCCGUUUCCCUCCUGUCCCCCCCAACUCUGCGGAGCCGACCAGAAGAGUGAUGGAGAGGGCUUCACAUGAGAUCACUAUCAAGGGAUGCAAGUCCAAUAAGGGGCUGGCUGGCGUAAGAGCUUGCAGUACUUUCACCAACGGCACAGAGAAGAAGAAGAAGAAGAAAAAGAGGAAGCAAGAAGCAUGUUCUCUGGCCAAACCCCAACGCUCCAGUGAACUCUUAUCCCAGGAAAUGAGAAGAAAACCUCCACCACUGGAGCCCCACACAUUGGAUCAGUUAACCCCUAUCAAGACUGAGCGGUCUCUGCUGUCCUCAGAUGUGGAAUCUCUAGAAGCCCUGAGCACCACAGAAACUACCUCAACUAGCAUUUCAAGACAGUCCAGCCUCUGUAGCUCCAGCAAGACGCGCACUACAGCCAGCACUAUGCCUGUUUCAGCCCCACCCUUAAAAAGGAAACGAGGGCGGCCACGGCGGACCCCCCAGCCCCCUAACCCAGAGAUACCCCCACCCACCCACGCAGACCCAGACCCAUCAGCGACAGAAGUGCUGAGCCCACUCCCAGGGCUUCACUCUUCAGACAUAGUGCAUGGCAUGGACCCUAACAGUCAGCUCUCCCACCUCAAGAGCUCCAUCAGCAGCUACUUCGGGGCAGCAGGGCGGCUGGCAUGCGGGGAGAAGUACAAAGUCCUUGCUAGACGGGUCACCCUUGAUGGCAAGGUGCAGUACCUGGUGGAGUGGGAAGGUGUCACUGCCUCCUGAACUCAUCGUCGUCAACAUCACUUCUAACUUCUAACCAGCAGCUACAGGAAGUUAACAGCUGUGCUAAGGACAUAUGUACACAGCAUGCAUUCAAAGCAUUGAUAUCCUUUGUUUAGUGUAGGCAGGAGGAAGUUUUGCCUGAUAAGCUCACUGUAAAGCCUUCUGGGUCAGUGCAGUUGAUGGUGAUCAUAUAGCAUUUAUUAAUGUCUAUUUUUUUUUCAUUAUGCUUAAAGAUUAGAAUUCAUUUAUACAGAUGAGGCCACUGUCAUUAUUUCUGUCUGCUUUUUACUUUGUGUCUGCUUUGAAUGUUUACAGUGUUUUCAUUUUUCAAAGGUAAAUAAUUGAUCGCUGCAAUGCACCUGAAGGCUUUCAUUGACUUGUUAUUGUGCUUUAUUUUAAAUCCGGUGAUGUGCUUUUUCAUUUUCAGACCUUUUAAGUAAGAAACCGUUUGUUUUUUGACUGAAUGUAGAUGGUCAGGCAUUACAUGUUGGUGUCACUGUGGGUGGAUAGGAAGGAGGAUACAUUUAUUUUAUCUCAUGCAUUUAGCAGUUACACAUUUUCUGGGUAACAUUCAUUCUUUUUAUUAUGAAAAACUUCGUCCUUUACAACCAUGUCCCCUCCUUCUCUAGUCCCAUCUUUGAGUACCUCUUGUUGCCUCUGCAGACAUAUCCAUCAGUUGUGUUUUGAUAAGCGUGCUCAUUUGUGAGCAGCUCAGGUGAGACUGAAAACAAGAGAUGUGCUGCUGCAAAUGUUUUAUAUAGAAUUGUACUACAUUUAUAAUAACUUUUUGUUUUUACUUCUUUCUCAUAUGCCUUUUUCUUUUCAGCAGGGCAGAUGGCUUUGAUUUUUCUUUUAGUAAAAUAUGGACUGCACCCAUCUACAAUCCUAUGAGGCCUUCAUAUCAUUUCAAACAUAAUUUGGGCUUUUUCAAAACAUAGCAGCAUUUCCAUCAAGUUUUAAGUUUGUAUUUCCUGUUCCAUAUUGGUAAUAAUUCUGUUUAAACUUAAAUGGGGUUUUACAUAAAAUACCCUCUCCAUAUGGAGUGAUAUUUCAUACAUUUUCAGAAGCGCAAACCCAAGGGGAAUAUGUCCAACCAUUUUGAUUUGAAAUUGGUAAAAGACUAACAUUGAGAUCUUUAAGGACCUAUUAAGUUUUUAUUUUUUCUGAUAGUAUACCAUAAAAUAAAGUGUUGAUAUGAAUGUUAUAUACCCAUUCAUGUACUGAGUUCUCAGAAUUGUUUUUGCUUUUUUGCUGCCUAUGCAAGUAAAUCCAGGAUAAUGUUCAGUUAUAUAAAUUGACCAUAUUGCUUUAUAGAGGGGACGCCUAGUGUUAUGUGAUGAUUUAACUCAAUUGUAUUUUCUUUUUUUUCUUUUUACAUGUAAUGGGCCCAAAAACAAAAUGUCAACAUGAAGAUGCACUUGGACCUUUGCUUUUACCAUCAUGUAGUCUACACACUCAGGAUAUGCCCGAAAGCUUCACUGUAUUAUAGAGGCCAGCAUUUGCAGCUUGACAGGAAGUUUGGAUUUAAGUUAUUCUUUCAGUAUUGUUGGUCAGUAUUUUUGUCCUAUGCUGCAUUUUCCAUGUUGCUUUUGCCCAUAUGUAUGCAUGUUUUUCUAUGAGCAAAACUAAAUUGUGGUCCAUCUUUACUGCCUCACUUUAACAACCACUGGAAAACCAAUAUGCUGUCUGUAACUACAAGAGGUAAAUAUUCAGUUUGUCUGGCUCUGUGUCAGAUUGUGUUCAAAUGGACACACCUUUUUGACAUUGAUACCUCUUUAGUGAAUGGAUGUAGUCAUUGCAUUUGAAGCUUCUCACCUCUGUUCAGCCAGUUUAAGUACAUGUUGCUAACACUGGCUGCUGACAGGCCUCUGUAUCCAAAGAGCAUUCAUGGAACGUCUGCUUUUUCUUUGAGAUUCUUCUUAUUACAUUUUUAUACACCAUGAUAUAGGUUGACGUGUUACUUAUGAACCUGUUUAGUAAAAAGAUAAAUAAAAGCCGAUAUUUUGAACUGUUAAA